AUUGUACCUUGAGGAACAUUGUCCUUAAACUGUUUGACUAUUUUCUCACGCACUUGUUCACAAAGAGGUGAACCUCACCCCAUCUUUGCGUGUGGAUGACUGAGCAAUUCAGGGAAGCUCCUUUUAUACCCAAUCAUGGCACCCACCUGUUCCCAAUUAGCCUGUUCACCUGUGGGAUCUUCCAAACAGGUGUUUGAUGAGCAUUCCUCAACUUUCUCAGUUUAUUUUGCCACCUGUCCCAGCUUUUUUGGAACGUGUUGCAGCCCUAAAAAUAAAAUUAAAUAAGUUCAUGAUUAUUUGCUAAAAACAAUAAAGUUUAUCAGUUUGAACAUUAAAUAUCUUGUCUUUGUAGUGUAUUCAAUUAAAUAUAGGUUGAACAUGAUUUUCAAAUCAUUUUAUAUAUUCAUGGUUAAUUGUUCUCUGAAUUUCCCAGUUUAUCGCUACUCCUAUUAUUUCCGUGUAGCAUUUGAGCCCCUUGUACACAAAUCAGCUUUCUGUGGCAUCACACAGCCUCGGAACAAAAAGCGCCUUUAUUAUUUCCAAGAGCGGACAUCCUGAAUAUUGCGACGUCAGUGCAACGGAUAGUAAAUAAUUGAAUUGUUCUGAAAUAUCAUGGCGCUCGACCAUUCAAACAUAAGGUCAAGCGAUAACUGAAUGAUUCUUGUAAUGGUUUAGCUGGAUUCGGUCAUGGAGAAUUAUCCAUUUAGAGAUAAAGAAGUUCAGGCUUGUUCAUAAAAUGUGCUUUUUUUCUUUUACUUUUGAGUAGAGUACUAAAGACCUCAAGAUAGUGUUUUCAAUGUGUUGCUUACAAUACAUACACUAUUAGAUCAUCUCAAAAUAGUAAACAGGCCAUAAGGUAAUAGAGGCAACAGUGAGCUUCAUUGUCAGCUCAACAGAAGUAAUUAAAUGACACGUUUCGGGUGAAAUACAAUUUCCGGAAAUAGUCGUCAACGUACUGUAGCUUAAAGGCCUCUUCAUACUACCGCGCUCGCUCGGCCAACAACGGCCACAUUGCAUCACGUGACCGACGCAUUGGCCUGCGCGGCCCCCCUGCGUCACUUGACGCGUACACGGCAAAAAUUGUUGCUGCGCGUAGAAUGCCGCGGAGACCAUCUCUCGUGAUUGGUCCGUUUUAGUCACAUGUUGUGAUGACGCACUGAGUGUGCCCCUUGGUUUAACACACCAUCUACGCCGCCCGCCACCUUCUUGAUUGAUUUUGCAGCAUAAUUAAACGUAUCAUCUGGUCAUCUUGGUCCAUUUGUUUUCGCAGACACUGUGCCGUGGUCGCCAUUGUUGUUGCUUUUUUACUUGUUACGGAAUGGAAAGUAAAAACGGUUACCGGAAAUGGUAACAAAAUGCAGAGGAAACUCCAUCCUGUGGUUUCCUAGCCAAUAACAGCUGUAGCGAGUGCGCUCGAGUAUCAAGGUAAAACUCUGCCCGCGCGAGUAUAAAGAAGCCUUAAGACCUCGCUUCACUGACGCCACUGUUGGCGUAAUUCAGGGGUAUGAAACUAAUUUGUGUCGCGGCCACAUUGUAGUUAUGGUUUCUCUCAGAGGGCCGUUAAGAUUUUGAAAUCAUAUAAAUAUUGAAUCACCUCCUUAUAUUAUUACAUAGACAACAAAUUGAUAGAUGAAUAGUUUGGAAAUCAAAAUUCAAGGGUAAUACUUUGCAACUAUUGUUUAAGUUACUGUAUUGUAAAAAGAGGUUUGGUAAAAACUUGGUUGGAAAUAUUUAUUCCAUAUGACAAUUCAAUUUUUUUCCUACAGAUUUUAGCAAGAAUCAUGGCAGUUCAAGCACAUGAUUUGCUUUCGCGGGCCACAUAAUAUGAUGUGGCGGGCCAGAUCUGGCCCCCGGGCCUUGAGUUUGACACCUGUGGCGUAACUGAUCGUUCUAAGCGUUCCAUAUUGACAGCGAAUGAAUGAGAAAGGCUGGUUAAAAAUGGCAUUAGUGGAGUUAUUUAAAACCACUACUGGAGAACAAGGGUCAUUUGUGCUGCCACAACCCCUGAAGCAAGCAGAAGAGGAACUCGGGAGCUAAGCGCCGAUUGGCCGCUCAGACAAAAAAGGGCGGUCCCAGUGAAUUAGUGAUAGACGGUAAAGGCAGACGUCCUGCAGUGAUCAAACCUUAGGUGAUCUGACAGCCAGCUGUUUGAAGUGAUUGUCAUGCUAUGUAACAUGAAGGCUUACCCCCAGCUUUGGGCCUAAUUAGUUCACUUAGGGCCCUUUAUAAAGAGACUGCUGGGACACCAACUCAAUAAGGAGCCAGAAGAUCAACAGACCAGCAACAGCAGACUUGGAUCCCGACACUUGUCCUGCUGCUAUAAGCAAACAAACCGAAUCUGAAGAUUUUUCCGCUUCGCUGAGAAUGCCACACUUAUCCGACAGCAGCUACUACACGAUGCGGGAUGCAACCAGAGCUUCGAAUGUACAGAACCAACUGGAAAACUCAAAGUUCCACCUCCAUCAGAGCCAGAGCCAGCAGGUCAAGCAGUACCUGUCGCUGGGCUCAAAGUUGGCCUCGUCGGCCGCGCAGGCCCACGGCGUGCCGCACCCCCACGCGCCCGGCCAGCCGCUGGCCACCGUGCCCAUCAUGAGGAGCGGACACAUGGCCUCCGUCAAUGACAGCAGCAACCCCGACAGCCCCGUCACCCUGAUGACCAUGGCCAACCACGACAGCGAGUUUCCAAUGGAUGAAGUGAUUGAUGACCUUAUCAGUCUUGAAACGGGCUUCAAAGAUGGAGGCCUGGAUUGCAUGGAGUCUAACAUCCUAAUGCAAAACAAUGUGUCCCUCAGUAGCAGCAUGCUGGACGUGUAUGGGGGUGAACAAGGUAUGAACCCCCCUAAUGGUGGACUGAGUCCCACAUCUAACCCCACAAAGCUCACAGUAAAAUGGGAAUACACAGAACACGACACACGGGUCAUGGCCAAGGAGAGACAGAAAAAGGACAACCACAAUUUGAUCGAAAGAAGGAGAAGAUACAACAUCAACUACAGGAUUAAGGAACUGGGGACACUCAUACCAAAGUCUAACGACCCCGACAUGCGCUGGAACAAAGGUACCAUCCUGAAGGCCUCAGUGGAGUACAUCAGGUGGCUGCAGAAGGAGCAGCAGCACGCUCACGAGCUGGAAAGUCGCCAGAAGAAGCUGGAGCAGGCCAACAGGAGGCUGAUACUCAGGAUUCAGGAACUUGAGAUUCAGGCUCGAGCGCACGGCCUCCCGAACAUAGCGACCGCUUUGGGGACGACGGACCUGUCCUCACACCUCCUUAAACAACAGCAGGCGUCCCCUCAAGCCCAGCAGCCCCCGCUCUACCAGGAAGACCCCAACGGCGAUUACCUGCAGAGGAUAGCCGUGGUCGCCGGCGUGCCGUCCAUCCCGAUGCCGCCGGGGCCGCAGGACCACGUGGCGGGCGCCGACGGCUGCACCACCUUCUCCGACCCGCUGUCCCACUUCACCGAGAUCUUCAGCGCCACGCUCAAGGGCGAGCACCGGCUGGACGAGAUCCUGAUGGACGACGCGCUGUCCCCGUUCGGCGCCGACCCGCUGCUGUCAUCCCGCUCGCCCCGACCCGCGUCCAAGGACAGCAGCCGCCGCAGCAGCUUCAGCUCAGGGGAGGGUGAUGACCUAUAAUGCAAAAGGACACAGGGUCAAAAGCCGUAUCAGACAUUUGUAAAGACAAUGAACACUGACCAAGCCCCCUUUUUCCUGUAUAUAUUGUACAGCUCAUGGACCUCCCUAUCUUUCCAGCAUCUCUGCCUCCCACAAAAAGCAGAAACAGACUCGUACAAAAAAAAGGGAGAAACUUUGAUUUUGUGUUUUGUUUCUUUGGGUAACACUGUAGUAGCUGUACACUGAAUCGUACUCCAAAGAACUGCUGAGAUCCUGACAAUAAUUUCCAACGUGCCUUAUUCAGUCUUAUCUAUUUCUUCACUGUCAUGUCUCACACUGCAUCUUUUCUAUGGUUUUUUUUUUUUUGUAUUUAUAUGGGCUUAAUCCAUGCAAUCAUAAAAUAUAUUUACAGUAUAUAUUAUCUA